ACGCUGAUCAAUCACAAAAAUCAUUUCACAUCCUAAAUUUACAACAAUAAAAGGCGUUGCAAAGUGCGACAUCGUACCGUUCAGAUCGAUGUAGUCUCUGAUAGAAUAUAAUAUAAAAACAAUUCUUGUUAAACAAAACCAGUAUGAGUAUAGAUGCUUGUUAUGAAGGUGUUAUUGCCAAAUUAACGGAUGAGGGUAAAAUAUUGGAAAUUUCUAAGAAACUUAUUAGUUUGCAAACAAAUUCUGCCAGAGUUCUAUUCGUAUAUGAGUUAAUUGAAUCUUUGAAAGCUUUUCCCAAAGUAUUAGAGGUGAAAAAGGAUGACAAUGUGUCAACUUAUUACCGUAACCAAGGCAACCUAUUUUUUAAAGCAACUCAAAAUUAUGAAGCCUUACAGUUUUAUAAUUUGUCUUUGAUACAUGCACCAUUGGGCACAGAGAGUUACAGUCUUGCUUUAGCCAAUAGAUCAGCAGUAUUAUUUUCGAUGAAACAAUAUGAUGAAUGUAUACAUGAUAUUGAUACUGUUUUUGCUAUGGAAUAUCCGCGUGAUCUAGAAAAGAAACUAAGCAAAAGGAAAUCUAUGUGUGAAAAUUUUAUAUUAAAAAAUAAGGAAGUAAAAGAAGACAGCACAAAAGCUAAUUUCCAAGUAGGUGAAAUCCUUAAAUUUGAUCAUGAAAGAGACAAAACUUAUAUCUGUGCUAGCUCAAAAUUACAAGUUGUUUUUAAUGACGAAAUGGGCCGACAUGUUGUGGCUAAAGAAGAUAUUCAGGUAGGUGAAAUAUUAGCCCAUGAAAAUCCCUACUUAGCUGUUGUGUUAAAAAGCCAAAUGUUAGUAUGUUGCAAUUAUUGCCUUUCUAGAGAUCUAAAUUUACUUCCAUGCAAAAGUUGUUGUUUUGCUCUUUAUUGUAGCAAAGAAUGUUCAGAAAAGGCAUGGAAAGAAUAUCACAGAGUUGAAUGUGGUUUAUUAGCCACAUUGGUGCAUAUGGAGUUUACUAAACUAGAGUUGUUGGCUCUCAGAAUAGUUAUAAGGGCCCGCACAGACCAUAAGAAUUGGCCAGAAUUGUUGGAAAAAUUAGUGGAGAUUGAAAAAAAUUUAAAUACACCUUUGCGAGGAUGUGAAAAUUUGGGAGAUAAUUGGGUGUAUGAUUCAAAGUAUUAUGCUUCAAUACAUACACUUGAAUCAAAUGUGGAGAAGAGAUCUGUAUCGGAUAUUUUUCAAAAAUCCAUUACUGCAGCUGUAUUUCUAAAAUUCCUUAUUGAAAAUACUGAUUUUAUGAAUGCUGAUGACGCAAAACAUCACAACCGGAUAAAGAACUGGGUGGCUGGCACAUUAUUACUUCAUGGCAUGACUAGCCCCACUAACAUGCAUGGUAUAAUAACUAACACAGCCAACAAGAAUGGAGAUUAUGUUGAUGAACUAAACAUUGGUAGUGCACCAUAUCCAUUUUGUAGUUUGAUAAAUCAUUCAUGUGCACCAAAUGUGGUCAGAUAUAGUAAGUUGGGCUUUGCUGAACAGAUCUUGGUUGCAUUGAGACCUAUUAAGAAGGGUAUGCAGAUUUUUGACAAUUAUGGAUCCCAUUAUGCAAUAGAAGGCCGUCGGAGCAGACAGGAAUCUCUUAAGUUCCAAUACAAAUUUGUUUGCGGCUGUGAAGCCUGCAUAAACAACUGGCCUACUUACUUGGAAAUGAGAAGGAGUAAAAAUGUACCUGUUCAAAUACAAAAAAGAAAAAAUAAAUUGUUAGAUGCAAAUGCUAUUAAUAAACUACAAAAGGGCGAUAAGGGAACAGCUUUGAAAUUGUUGAAGCCUCUUUGUGAACUGAUGGAGCUACUUGAGCCAUAUUGCCCAUGUUUAGAACUUGCAGAUUGUCAGGAAUCUUUCAAGCAGUGCCUUGCUAUAUGUGAGGGAGUUGUGCCUUACGGUAAGCUAAUUGAAUGGAAUGCAAUUCCACCAAAAGUUAAGUGAUUCAGAGUAUUAAUAAAUCAACAUCUGCAAUUUGCAGCACUUUUUUUCAUUAUAUAAAUGUUACAAAUCCGUUUCUAGUUAAGAUAUCCUUUAUAUAACUUAGAAAAACAUCACUUAUAAUGCUUUCUUUGUGUAUACAUCUUAUUAACUGGAAAAUAUAUUAACCAUAUCUUAAGGUAUUUAAGAAGUAGUGCUUUUUUGUAAUACUCAUUACUAUGUAAAGUAAUGCGAUUCAUAUACGCAGCAAUGCUAAUGACAUUUUGUUUGUUAAAAAAGUACUUGCUUAAUUAUUACACUACUAAGUACAGGGUAUACCACAAUGGGUAUCAAUCAAUCUGAGACAUUGCUAUAGAAUCAUCAAUGUAGAUCACGUUUAAAAUGGUUAAGUACUUUAUCUCCUAGUUACUGGGGGUUGGUUUUCAUCUUGUUCGUUAUAAAGAUGGGGCCAAUAGGUGUUGGUCACAUUUCCUAUUAAGCUAACAGUCGUAGUGUUCUCUGCCUGCAAAACUAUACAGGUUUUCCCCUUUUAUGAUGUAUUGUAAUGGACCAACUGCUACAGGAGUCCAGGCUUUCAGGAGUUCUGUUUAGCAUAGGGCCCGGGUAUCCCUUCUAAAGAACCACUCAACACCUUAUAUUCAAUGGAGAUAUACUUUGUGCAAGUGGUAUCCGUGUACUGUCUUAUUAGGAGAUCGAACUCCUCUGCAAAUAUUUGUUACCUCAUUUAUAAGCUCAGAUAUGACAGCCUCCAAACUGAUAAUCUUGGCCAAGGUUACAAUGUCUCACCUAGAAGCCACUUCUGGGUUCUCGUUCAUAUCUUUGUCGAAUCGAAUAUUCAAAUAGAAAAAAUACUACAGUUCUCAGUUUGAUAUUAAGAGUAUACCCUUUUGCAGAAUACCCUCUUUAUUAUUAUUACAUGUUUUAAAUUUAAAAAUACUAAAUCUUAAAGCAAUUUGCAUAUUAUUAUGAAGAUAUGGAGUUUUUUUUUUCUUACCAAAGAAAAUUUAUUUUUUAAUUGUCACACGUGCACAAAAUUGAUGCAAAUUAUUAUUUAUUAAGGAAAAUCAGAAACAUGCGAAAUGUAAAAUUAAUUAUUUAAAUAAAAUAUAAUCUAAAUAGAUUUUAGUGAUCCCAGAUUCCUAGAAAAUGUUUGGUUUUUCUAGUCCUUUAUUUGUAAUUUAAUAUUUUAAAGUUAUAGUAUCAGUAAAUCAACCACUGUCUAUGAGUUGCAUGACCGAUAUAUAUGUCUGACUGAGUAUUUAAUUGGACUAUUAAGAUCAUAAAAUUGUAAGAACUUGAAAUUAAUUAGUGCAAUGACUGUGGCUUGUUCAUUGAGUGACUAUUGUACCACUGGGAUUUGCUGGAUUGUCGAUAUCUGAUUCAAUUUUGUUAGUAAGGUGUUUAGUAUAACGUGAUCUAGGCCAAUUUUGUUCUAGUGUCAUAGGAUGGAUGACCAUAGUAUACGAGAUGAGAACAAGUAUUUAUUUCUGUAUGAAAAAAAUAUUUAACAAAGCUAGACGCAUCUCAAUAUUAUAAAUUCGAUAAAAUUGUUGACUAGAGUAUAAUGCUAAACAAAAAAUGUUCUAAAAUAGAUCUGUGUUGUUAAAAUUCUUUCUAAUUUAGUGGUAUGUUCAUUCGUUCAAAAAGUCGUUUGCUGCUCUCAUUAAUAUCUAUUUUGUUAUAAGUUUUCAUGUGUUAGUAUGUUGCAUUCAAUAUUUAUGUUCAAUUCUACUACAUACAGGGUGUUAAAAAGGCAAACCCACAGAAGAAAAUAAAGAAGCUGUUUGUUACCUUUACAAAAGACGAAAACAAAAUUUAUUUGUUAAUUAAUAAAUAUUUUUAUGAUUACUUUAGAAGUUUUUUAAAUUAAGAUUUUAAAUUAGAAAGUUUAUUUUAGAAGCAUACUCAUGUAUAGAAUCUAUUGUGAAAUUGAAAAUUUCAAAUUUAUUAUUAUUGUCCUUACAUGUGACAGUAUUAGAUUUUCUGCAAAUUCUAGUUUUAAGUGGCUGAAACGCCAACAAGACUUCCCUCAAAGUAGAUUUGAAAAGAGCCUUGAGCAGUAGGCAGUAGUGAGUCAAUCAUUUGUGCCCCUGUAAAUGGCAUCGUUGACUUUACCAACAUUUUAAACAUAGUUAAACUGCCCCGAGUCAUUUAUAUAGCUUACCUAAUUUUAUAGAAGUUAUACUGGGUGUUAGGAGAUCGCUUCCGAAAACGAAGAGAGACGAUAGUACUAAUUACACCUUUGAUGAUGGAGUUAUUUAGACAAAUGUUGUCAAUAAGUAUUUGUGCGAUCGUUGAUUCGAGCAUCAGCUGUUUUUGAUUUUGUGUUUCAUUGCUGGUUUUUUUUAGUAAAGUAAUCAAUUUUUAAUGAAACUGUCGUUUUAUUUAGCUGUACUAACAUAAUGGAGCGUAAAUAAUGCUAAUAAAACCUUAUAAUUUUUUUUUUUUUUUUAAAUCGGAAUCGAUUUUUUCCAUCCCAUCAUCAAAGGUGUCAUUAGUACUAUCGUCUGUCUUCGUUUUCGGAAGCGGUCUCCUAACCCCCAGUAUUUUAAUUAUCACCCUUUGAUGCUGGAAUAAUCACAAAAAUAUGUUUAAUAUGCCAGUACUAUCUUAUCUUUUGGGGAAAAUUAUAUACCUAAGGAAGAUAUAUCGUGCCUUGCUUUAGUAUUUUAUGUGCCUAAUGGGUUUUUUUUAAUUAUCGUUUGUUUUGUAUUUUGUACUAAUAUUAAAAUAUAAAAUCGAA